AGGCUACUCAGAGCCUCCAAUAAAUCAGCAUGCAGGCACGGAGAGCUCUGUCCUUGAAGGGAUGCACAGUGACCUUGCUUGUGCUUACUCUGGAGGAAUAGGGGAAACAGAGGAGCCCAAAGAGGUUCUGAAUGAAAUCCUCAUGAUUGUUGCAUGCUUGUUCAAUAAUAGCACGCCCCAGUCACGUCUCCUUGCGAGCACAUUUGGUCGGAAUCACUGAGCAGAAGCAGAGAAGAGCUGACGACUAUGUGCUUCCAACGCAGGUUGCCGGAGCCCCGUGUUUGCCAUUGGCUGCAGUUUUCUGGUUUGUGUGCAGCUUCCCCCAUCUGGAAUAUGAAAAUGGGAUUGAAGUAGAUAAUUGCUAGCAGCGGGUUUUCAAGAGAGGCUUAGAGGGAACAGAAUGCCUCUCACACAGCACAGGCUGCCUGCGCUGAGAGAGCUCUGAGAGAUGAUUUUAGAUGUUACCCACGUCUGAAUCUCCUGGAAACUUUACCAUGGAAGCAAGCCAUUGCGCACAGUCCUGGAGCUAACGUCCAAAAGGGGCAAGGAAGGGGCAGCAGGGCCAGACAAUGGGAUACCUUGUCCUUGGAUUGCACACAGGAAAGCCGGCAGGCAUUCCCCUCCGCCCCCCAGCAAAAAGGGCAUGAAGGUGGCGAUGAACUGAAUUUUACCCAGUGAAGCUUCAGUGGCUUUUAAGAAGGAUGGGGUACACUGACCCUUCGUCAAGCCGGGAUUUGCUGGGGAACAGAACUUUGUUCUUCAUCUUCAUCUGCGCCUUUGCCGUGGUCACCUUGCUGCAGCAGAUCCUCUACGGGAGAAACUAUCUCAAGAGAGGGCUGCAGUUUAGCUGGCAGAAUGGAGAGGAAUUGGCAAAUUGGACCGGCACCUUUAAUUUCACGGAUGACGGAGCAGUGAAGAGUGGCAGUGACACAGGCACCAGGUAUUUUGAGUUUUAUGAAGGGCCUUUGGAGUACAACUCUACGAAAUGCCUGGAAUUAAGGCAGGACAUCAUUGAGGUGAAGGUCUUGUCUAUGGUGAAACAAACUGAAUUGUUUGACAGAUGGAAGAGCCUACAGAUGUGCAAAUGGGAGAUGAAUGUCACAGAAGCCAAUUUAUUCAAGUCUACUCUGUCAAGGUGUUGCAACGCCCCAUCCUUUCUGUUCACCACCCAGAAAAAUACUCCCUUGGGAACUAAACUGAAAUAUGAAGUGGACACAAGUGGAAUCUUUCAUAUCAACCAAGAAAUCUUCAAAAUGUUUCCAAAGGACAUGCCGUACCACCGCUCCCAGUUCAAGAGAUGUGCAGUGGUUGGGAACGGAGGAAUUCUGAAGAACAGCAGGUGUGGCCGGGAGAUCGACAGCGCAGACUUUGUGUUUCGAUGCAAUUUGCCUCCUAUAUCUGAGAAAUACUUCAUGGACGUUGGGGUGAAGACAGAUGUCGUGACUGUCAACCCCAGUAUAAUCACUGAGAGAUUCCACAAGCUGGAGAAGUGGAGGAAGCCGUUCUACGACGUGCUCCAGGUGUACGAGAACGCGUCCGUGCUGCUGCCGGCCUUCUACAACACGCGCAACACGGACGUGUCCAUCCGCGUCAAGUACGUCCUGGAUGACUUCGAGUCCCAGCAGGCUGUCUAUUACUUCCACCCCCAGUAUCUCAUCAACGUCUCGCGCUACUGGCUCGGCCAGGGCGUGCGGGCCAAGCGGGUCAGCACCGGGCUGAUCCUGGUGACUGCGGCCCUGGAGCUCUGCCAGGAGGUGCACCUCUUCGGCUUCUGGGCCUUCCCCAUGAACCCCUCAGGGAUUUUUAUUACUCACCACUACUACGACAACGUGAAGCCCCGCCCCGGCUUCCACGCGAUGCCCUCGGAGAUAUUCAAUUUCCUCCACAUGCACAGCAAGGGGAUCCUGCGGGUCCACACGGGCACCUGCAGCUGACAGGUGGGCGGGCUGUGUGAGGUGGAGGAGGUUUUUUUUUUGUUACACCCCGAGAUUAUGCAAUAAUUGUUUGAUAUAAAUGUCCUCAAGGCAUUGCACCCCAUAAGAUCCAGGAUACCAGCAUCUUUCCUGCUAGCAGAGUUGGGUCCGUAACAGUGUAGGAGAAGGGAAAAAAACUUCUGUGCCCCAGGGUACACGCUGUCCUGGAAAGCAAGUCAGAUAAGAAGCACAUUUACAAUACAUUUAGGGAUAAAUAGAGCACAUUAAUAUGUUUAUCAUUUCACUAUGGAGAAAAGCACCAAACUUUUGAGGAAAAAACAGCGGUGGAGAAUUUUACCAUAGACUGCAUGACUUUACGUAGGUUUCUGAUCGAGUACCUUGGGGUAUUGCCAGAUUUUAUUGAGCGCUCUAUUCACUGGCCUUUAGGUUUUUGAAAAUACUCUUUAGCAUUAUAGCUUAAUGGGGAUAUAUAACUUAAAAUCUUUGUUCCAUAAUGUCACAAAGUGUUGAUCAAAAAUAGCAGAUAGAUGUGUUAGGAAUAAACAAAAUCACUUUAUGAAUUUUUUCAGCCAGGAUAGAAUAGAAUGUUGAAGUCCCACUCACAGCAACAGGUGUGAAUCAUGUUGUGAUAUUGUUUUAGAGAUUAUUUAUUCUUCCUUCUUGUGU